AUGGCAAUCGUCAACAAGAUGUGGAUCCAUGGCGACAAGACAGAGGAUGUCACCAUUGUUGAGAAGAUUCUUCAAUCCUUGACACCAAAAUUUAAUUUUGUUGUCCGUGCCAUAGAAGAAGCUAAUGAUGUUAGCUUACUUUCAAUUGAUGAUUUACAAAAACUGAUAGAGGACGAGGAAGAGGUAGAGGUCAAAGAAGAGGAGGUAGAAACAACAAUGAUUGUGGGCAACAAAAUCAUCAGCAUCAAGAGAGUCAAUUUCAAGGAAAAGGAAGAGGAUGAGGAGGCCACCACUCAACAACUUAUAGACCAAAGUCAGCAGACAAGUCCAAGGUUGAAUGUUACAGAUGUCAUAGACACUGGUUGCAGCAACCACAUGUGUGGAGAUAAGAAGGCAUUCUCUGACUUGGAUGAAUCUUUUCGCAAUACUGUGAAGUUUGGUGACAAUUCCACAGUUUCUGUUAUGGGAAAAGGAAGGGUAACAAUCCAAACCAAAGGAAAUUCCACCCACAUUAUCUCUCAUGUUCUUUUUGUGCCAAAUUUAAAGACUAACUUGCUUACUGUGGGUCAGUUGCAAGAAAAGGGAUAUGAGAUUUCUAUUAAAGAUGGAGUAUGUCAAAUUCAAGAUGCAAAGUUGGGCUUAAUUGCUCGAGUUAACAUGACGGCGAAUCGUAUGUUUCUACAUUAUCUCCACAACACCAAUCAUUCAUGCUUCUCAGCAAAAUUGAAGGAUGAGGCGUGGCUAUGA